CGGCAACCCGCACGACGAGGAGAGGACAACUGAACGGCGGCGCGCCGCCUCCACCAAAAGCGGGGGCGGGGGGGUAUCUAGCAGGUUUUCGUAUAGGCCCCCGAAGAUCUACGAAAUCGCGGGACGUGGUCCUCGGCUCGGGGCCUUUAAAUGCGGGGCACCCAUGUAGGCCGGAGCAGAGCGCCACGAGGCGAGUUGUUGGGUGUUCCCUAGACUAGCCGUCUCUCUUCCUCUCUCCCUCUACCUCGACCUCUCCCGCCGCCGCCUGCAACCGCUUCACGUGGCCUGAUCCUCCUCCGGAGCUCUCCCUCUCGACCCCCCGAAUGGAGCCCAAGAAGUCCUCCGCGCCGCCGCAGCCCCACAUGGAGCCCAAGAAGUCAUCCCCUCCCCGCGCUGCCGCCGCCGCAGGAGGAGGAGGCGGCGGCGGCGCUGCCGUCGGGGGCGAGUCGCCUUUGAGCAGCCUGUUCCACCAGCCGUCGCAUGGGGCAAAAGGCAAAGAAGACAUAUACGCCAUUUUCUACAAAGGACAGAACGGGGCUGCACAAGCUGGGACUGCAGAUGGUAAAUCCCAGUGGACUCCUUCCAAAACUCGCACCGCGUACCCCAAGGAUAACAAACAGUCAAAUCAGUAUGAUUCGGUUGAUACUUCUUGUUUUGGUUCUUCUGUGAAUUAUGGUGGUCGAGAUUAUUAUGGAAUCUCUGGAACCAAGCAGUCCACAGAAUCAAAUGAUUAUAAGGCGGACAAAAAGGACCCUUCCACAGAUUCUCAUGGUGACUGGUGGCAAGGUUCGUUUUACUACUAAGCAGAUUUGCUGUCAUCUCCCUUGGUGGACAAGGUAGUGGAAUGGGAGGGGUUGGAACUUGUUUGCUUCACUGUUGCCAUGCUUGCCGUAUCAGUUACCUAAAUCAUGCUAGAGUGACAUCGUCCAUCCGUGGUGGCAGUAUUUGGAUCAUCACACCUGGGCAGAUGCAGUGUGCGUCUUUACCUUUUCUUUCGUAGCUUGGGCUUUAGAUGUGAAAUGUAUCAAACUUACAAGAACCGUGUAAGUGUUAGGUCGCAGAUUGCAUAAAGGGUCCCUAUCCAUUCUGCCAAUCUGGUCAACAACCAGAUUGGACCAGUUUGGUGUGACUCCCUUAGAUCAAAGUAUAUGUUCCUUGUACUGUCGGAUCUUCGCUCCGGAGCCAACAAGGCUGGAGAAGUGGAGAUGACUUUGCAUUGUACACAUGUACCCCUUGGAUUUCACAGAAUUCAGUAAACUGUUCUUAUAAA